UCUCACACUGAAACUUUAGGCAGUAGAAAUGAGUAACCAAGAGCUGGUCACCCUGAAUGUAGGAGGUAUGAAAUUCAGCACUUUGUCAGCAACCCUGCGCAGGUUUCCUGACUCCAGACUGGCACGAAUGUUGGAUAAUGCCGACCGGGAAAUUAGGAUUAUAAAUGGGCACUAUUUCAUAGACAGAGAUGGCAGUUUGUUCAGUUAUAUACUGGACUACGUGAGGACAUCGCAGCUGUCCCUGCCAUCCGGGUUCUCUGAAUUCGAGAGGCUACAGCGGGAGGCAGAGUUCUACCAGCUCUUGAGCCUGGCCGAUCUCCUGAGCCAGGACACUUUGUAUCGGCCGAGGGUGGAGAUCCUCGAGGUGCGCUUCCUCCUACAAGAAACACAUGCCUUCUUCCGCUUGUUCUGCUCCAGCAGCACCACCAUUGAAAUGAUGGCUGACCGCAUAUUAAUGUUUGCUGAACAACCAAUGGGAAGCCAGGGAUGGAGCUUUCCAUUCUCUGCACAGAAACCACUGGCUCCUGUUCCGCUGCAAAGACCCUCACACCAUGAUGUGGUGUUUCAGUGUGGGACAGACUACACCAAUGGGGAACAUGUAGGAGCCAGGUAUGUGUCCAUAAAGCCUGAUCAAAGGAAACUGAUUAAUGGAACCAAUGUGCUGGGACUCCUACUUGAUAUUUUGCUAAAAGAGGGCUUCUGUUUGAUAAGCACCAGGUCUGUCUCGGCUGAAGAAAAGGUAGAAUGCUACACGUUUGAGCGGAAAAAGAGGCCAGAGGUCCUCACUAUUCAUGAGAAUUCCAGACAAGAAAAUUAUGAAACUGAAACUGUUCAAGUGAAACAAGCCAAACCAAAUAAAAAGAGAUAAAUGCAUACUGCCUAUGAAACAAAAGCAAAUUAUAUUUCAUAUAUGGGGAAAUAUUUACCAAAGGAUGAAAAGAGCUCAUCGCAGGGAAAUAUGAGAACUCAUCUUAUUAU